AUCUUUUAUUAUCCGUAACGAUUUUUCAUAAGCUUUUGUCCUAAUGCAAAUAAAACUCUUACCUGAUUGAAAAAUCCAAUCACAGUGUUUACUUCCCACCGAAACAUUAUCCGCUUAAUACUUCAGUUUGAGUAUAAAGUACUAUCCAUUCCUUUAGACAAUAGAAUUUGAUUCAAAUUAAACCCCCCAAAAUUCGGAUCUUUUAUCCAAUUGAAAAGUGUUAUAUAAUCAUCAUCCUUUUACCCUAUUUGUUUUUCACGUCGACUUUGCUAACCAUAGAUACAAAUAAUUAGCUGACACUGUCACAAACAGAGUCUUCUUCCUCCGUCCAAAAUUUCAAACUUCCGGCAACCAUUCAUUGAUCCGCCGACGAGAUGGUGGUCCCUACUUUCCUGCUUCUACUAAUCACUCUUUCACAAGUAAUUCUCAAUCCGAUUGUUUCACUCGCCGAUUCAGCUUAUCCCUCACCCUAUGGCAUUGAUAGCGCAACUUCCUGUCAAUCCACUGGUUCCGAUGACCUAAUUCCAGUCCGCCGUGAAGUUUACGGAGACGGCCGGAUUUUCGAUAUCACUCACCGAUUAACCCCUGAUAUGCCGUCGUGGGGCUUAGAAGAUGGGCUUGGCCAAUUCCUGUGGCUACCAAACAGCAUGAAGAAUGGGUCUCUUGCUAAUAACUCCGAGAUGAAACUUCCGACUCACACCGGCACUCAUAUUGAUGCUCCUGGUCAUGUCUACGAUCAUUAUUUCGAUGCCGGCUUUGAUAUCGACACUCUCGACCUCGAAGUUCUCAACGGUCCCGCAUUGGUUGUUGAUGUUCCAAGAGACAAGAACUUAACUGCGGAUGUUAUGCAAUCCUUACAUAUCCCCAAGGGAGUGAAACGAGUACUUUUCAGAACACUAAACACUGACAGGCGUCUUAUGUGGAAAAAGGCAUUUGACACAAGCUAUGUCGGAUUCAUGAAGGAUGGAGCACAGUGGCUAGUGGAUAACACUGACAUCAAACUUGUUGGAAUUGAUUACUUGUCGGUUGCUGCAUUUGAUGAUUUGAUUCCUUCCCAUCUUGUCUUCCUGAAAAGCAGGGAAAUCAUUCUCGUUGAAGGGCUGAAGCUGGAUGAUAUAGAAACUGGCAUAUACAAUGUGCACUGUCUGCCCUUAAGGUUGCUUGGUGCUGAGGGAUCACCUAUUAGAUGUAUACUGAUCAAGUAAUACUCUCCUUUGUCUCCUAUUCAAACGGAAGCACUGGAGAUAGCAUGGAGUAAAAUAAAUUGCUGUAAAGGGAGACUCGAUUUCCAGUGUAGGGGGUGCAACUUUUCACUUUUGACUGUAAUGUUAUUAGCUUGGUCUGGAUAUGAGCAAAUAACUUUUUCACAGUAGGUUUUAGUUUAAUGGAUUCACGAGAACGAUUAACAUAUUUACAUCAAGUUAGUUUUGUGUUGAUUCAUCUCGUGCCUAUGAAGCUGGUUAAUGAUAAAGUUCUUGGGUGCUGAAA